AUGCCGUCGGAAAAUAGACCAUCAUCAUCAUCACCACCCCAACAACAGCAGCAGCAACCACAACAGCAGCAGCAGCAACCACAACAACCACAACCACAACACCCAAUAGAACAACAAUCCAAUUCACAUGACAAUCUUCACGUCGACACAUCGCUUCCAGAAACAUCCACGCCAUCAUUCAACGACAAUGAAAAGUCUCAACCAUUGUAUGAAAGACCACGCUAUCUGACAGUGCCAUUGACUGGCAAAGGAGAUGAUGAAGAUGAUGACAUUGCAAAACAAAAACAAAAGCAUAUGGGAAGAUAUCAACGUCGAUCACGGUUGCCAGGAUGCUGGGUGCUUGCAAGUUGGGUCAUGACUUGGUGGAUACCCACGCCAUUAAUGCGACUUGCAGGCAUCAAGGAUAAAUAUUCUCAACAAGCUUGGCGAGAAAAGGUUACUUUGGUGAUGAUCAUUGUCGUCUUGUGCUUUGCGGUGGGUUUUCUUACGUUUGGUUUCAAUGCAACUAUUUGUGGACGUCAACCUACACGUAUACGACCCACGGGCGUGAACGAGGAUCAGAUUAUUAUCUCUGGACGUGUCUUUAAUGUGAAUUCGUUUCAACAUGCUACACCCUAUCCUGGUAUCCCUGGUAGUGGCGAUCUCUUGGAGAUGGGUUAUGGUGGUCGUGAUCUUUCAUUCAUGUUCCAAACCGUCAACUAUCACUGCAAAGGCAUCUUUCAACCAAUUCAACCUGAUGAUCCACAAGGCAACGUCAUCAACUAUUUUCCAUGUGUUCCUUUCGACCGCAACAACCCCCGAAUCAACGGCACCGAUAAUCCAAAACGUGAUGGUUGCCAUGUUAGUUCAAAGUCUCGACGCGCUUUGAGGAAAUUACAUGUUGCCGGUGACAUCUACUACAAUUGGACCGAUAUUCAGAAACCUGGCACGAGUCUGGUAGCAUUCAAUGGCAAUGUUCUCGAUUUAUCACGCUUGAAUUAUCUCACACCCAAUAUACCUUUGCCUAUGGAAAUUGCACAAAUCUUUGGACCUGGGAGCGCAUUCAUUGGCCGAGAUGCAACGUAUUGGCUUAGUACAACAGCUGACAGACUUAUUAUUGGGAAAUGCCUCACCGAUAUUCUCAAAGUGGGUGUCCUUGAUACACGAUCCACAGGCUGUAUCAUUUCGGACAUUGUGCUUUGGGUGUCAUUGACCGUCAUUUUGGGUGUGGUGUUGAUCCGUUUCUUUUUGGCAUUGAUAUUCGGAUGGUUCAUAUCAUGGAAGAUUGGCAGCAUUCGAGAAGAAACAGCAGAGGAACGAAGGCAACGACAAGAAGCUGUGGCACAAUGGGAAAUGGAUAACGCCGAACACAUGCAUUAUCAACGACGACAAAGUAUCUCAUCUAUGGAAGACAUCCCUGGAUCCUCUUCUACUACAACCACCCAUCAUAUGGGUCAUCAAGAUUAUUAUGGUGGAUUGAAUAACAACAGCGUAGGCUCGAUGCGAUCAGCUAGCAACAAGCCUAUGCGUCGAUUUUUCCCAACCACGUCUCGAUUUACGCAACCAUCUCCACGCAACAAUAGCAGCAUGUCCUUUUUCCCUGCUGGAAGUGCAAGCACAGAAUCCAUGAUGAUGGCAACACCCAAAAGCUUCAGCCGCCGCUCUGUCAUGUCGCCCGCUGUUGGAUCUGCUCAACAUGAUAACAAUUACGUGCUUGACUCUGAAUUCUUUUCUGAACUCCAAUCAACAGGACGACUUCAGAGAGAUGCACAAGCCGAUGCCAUGGCACAGCAAGAGCAUCGAUUCAAUUUUGAUUUAUUGUACACGUUUAUGGUGGUCACAUGCUAUUCGGAAGGCGAGGAUGGAUUACGUACGACGCUUGAUUCACUAGCCAAUACCGAGUACCCAUCUACACAUAAGGUGCUGCUUGUGAUUUGCGAUGGCAUCAUUACCGGUUCGGGAAACACCAUGUCGACCCCUGAUAUUGCAUUGAGUAUGAUGAAGGAUGAUCUUAUCCCACGUGAUCGUGUACGCCCUGUAUCCUAUGUCGCCAUUGCCGAUGGCACCAAACGUCACAAUAUGGCCAAAGUCUAUGCGGGGUAUUACAAGUACAAUGAGGAUCCAGAAAAGACACCAGCACCUAUACCAGUAGAGGAACAGCAACGUGUGCCUAUGAUUGUUAUUGCAAAGUGCGGUACGCCAGCUGAGAAGAAGGAAAAGAAACCUGGCAACCGUGGCAAGCGUGAUAGCCAAGUCAUUCUCAUGAAUACCAUGCAAAAGAUUUUUUAUCAAGAUCGCAUGUGUGAGCUCGAAUUCCAAUUUUGUAAGGCGGUGGCCAAACUCGUGGAUCGUCAUCCGGCUCGUUUCCAAUGUUGUUUGAUGGUGGAUGCAGAUACCAAGGUAUAUCCAGAUUCCCUUGCACGCAUGGUAGCUACCAUGUCAAGGGAUCCUACCAUCAUGGGUUUAUGUGGAGAGACAAGGAUUGCCAAUAAGGCGGAUAGCUGGGUCACUUCGAUUCAAGUGUUUGAAUAUUACAUCUCACAUCACAUGAGCAAGGCAUUCGAAUCCAUCUUUGGAGGUGUCACGUGUUUACCUGGAUGUUUUUGCAUGUAUCGGAUCAUUGCACCCAAGAAUGGACAAUACGUACCCAUUAUCUGUUCCACGGAUAUUGUCGAGAGCUAUUGUGAGAAUGUGGUUGAUACCCUACACAAAAAGAACCUUUUGCUCCUGGGCGAGGAUCGUUAUUUGACAACGUUAAUGCUGCGUACGUUCCCUAAACGUAAAAUGGUAUUUGUGCCACAAGCGGUAUGCAAAACAGUGGUCCCCGAUACGUUUAGCGUGCUGCUUUCACAACGACGACGAUGGAUCAAUUCUACGGUACACAAUCUUAUGGAAUUGGUGCUCAUUCGUGAUUUAUGUGGUACCUUUUGCUUUUCGAUGCAAUUUGUGGUGUUCAUGGAACUUGUUGGUACCGUGGUACUCCCAGCUGCCAUUUCAUUCACGCUUUACUUGAUCAUCAUCUCCUUCUUUGUCACGCCUGUACCCAUUAUCCCAUUGUUGCUGUUGGCUGCUAUUCUCGGCUUACCCGCUGUUUUGAUUUCUUUGACGACACGCAAAAUGGUCUACGUGGGAUGGAUGUGCGUUUACCUUUUCUCUCUACCGAUAUGGAAUUUCCUGCUACCGGCAUAUGCUUACUGGAACUUUGAUGAUUUUUCAUGGGGAGAAACACGACGUGUGGAAGGUGCUGUCAAGGGCCAACAAGAAGACCAUGGACGACGAGAAGGGAAGUUUGACGGCAAAGAGAUCGUCAUGCGUAAGUUUGAUGAAUGGGCCAUGCAUGAUAGGCGAGCCAUGGAAGAACAAGCAAAUAGUAGUACGCAUGUUAGGAAUUAUCCUGCGAUUUAUUAUGGCCAUUAA